CGCCACCAUGGACUUUGAAGUUGAAACUGUUUUCUCUUACCAAGAGUGUGUCUGAGACUGUGACCUUACUCCAUCCUCCACUAUGCUCAGCUCAGAUCAUCAUCAGAUCGUCAAACCCCAAAGCGACGCCGUAGAUGUCUUCUGGCACGAAGGAAUGCUCCAACACGACGCCGUUGAAGGCGUCUUCGACACCGGAAUCAACCCUGGUUUCCUCGACGUAUUGGAGAAACACCCUGAGAACGCAGACAGGGUCAGGAAUAUGGUUUCGAUUCUCCUACGUGGUCCCAUCUCUCCCUAUGUCAACUGGCUUCCCGGGCGUCUCGCCAUCGUCUCGGAGCUUCUAACGUUUCACACUUCAGAAUACAUAAACAAGCUAACUGAGGCAGAUAAAUCAGGAGAAAGGCGUGAAAUUUCGGCAGGUACUUUCAUGAGUCCAGGGUCAUGGGAAGCUGCACUUCUUGCAGCUGGAACAACUCUAUCAGCAAUGCAACACAUUCUUAACAGCCGUGGCAAAAUAGCUUAUGCUCUAGUACGUCCACCAGGCCACCACUCACAACCUACUCAAGCUGAUGGGUAUUGCUUCCUCAACAAUGCAGCUCUUUCCGUGAAGCUAGCAUUGGAUUCAGGACGCUGUUCACGAGUUGCUGUUAUUGACAUCGAUGUGCACUACGGAAACGGCACAGCUGAAGGGUUUUACAGGUCUGAUAAGGUCUUAACUGUGUCGCUUCAUAUGAACCACGGGUCGUGGGGAUCGUCUCAUCCGCAGAAAGGGUCUGUUGAUGAGCUUGGUGAAGGUGUGGGGUUGGGUUAUAACUUGAAUGUUCCUUUACCUAAUGGUACCGGUGACAAGGGUUAUGAAUAUGCUAUGAAUGAGCUGGUGGUUCCUGCUGUUAGAAAGUUUGGGGCUGAUAUGGUUGUUCUUGUUGUUGGUCAAGACUCCAGUGCUUUUGAUCCAAACGGGAGACAAUGCCUGACGAUGAAUGGAUACAGAAGGAUUGGUCAGAUAAUGAGGGCAAUGGCAGAGGAACAUAGUAAUGGAAGGUUGCUUAUGGUGCAAGAAGGUGGGUAUCAUGUAACAUAUGCAGCUUACUGCCUCCACGCCAUGCUUGAAGGCGUGCUGAAGAUUUCAGAACCGUAUCUAUCUGAUCCGGUGGCUUAUUACCCUGAAGAUGAAGCUGUUGCUGUUGAAGCUGUUAAAUCAAUCAAAAGAUACCACUCUGAGUAUGUUCCAUUUCUUAGAGGAACUUGAAGCUGUGUAGUUUUUUAUUUUGUUUCCUAUGUGUUGUGACAUUUUGUAACUUCCAUGCAACUAAAAUCAAGUACUAUGAUUUGAAACCGUCAA